UAUUAUCCACCAAUCCGAGCAAGAGUGGAGACAGUUGUUAUAUUUAACGGGCAUCCAGAAAAGCAGCCCGCCUCCCUCACUGCUCGAUCCGGUGUUCGAAAGCUCUAAGAAAACCGCCGGGGGAGGCGGCGGAGGCGAACAUCAUCGUCUUCUUUGUCGUCCAUGUUACCAACCUGGUGAGUUAUAGGAAUAAGAAGAAUUCAUUAGAGGUACACCAAAGAGCAGACUACACUGCAUCUUGAGGGAUGAUGAAAUCUGCCGGGCUUUGUUUGUUUGCUUCCUUAACUCCUUUUCAUUCUGUUAUCCUAAAAAACUAUGGCAGAUUCUCAUCGAAUUUAUUUUAUGGAAAUUCAACAAAGUCAAAGAAAUUGCGCGCUUACCAUCAAAAGAAGGAACUGCAUACAGAAUCUGUAAUGGGUGCAGAGCGAUAUCUUCCUCCUUUGUUUAGUGUUGCUCCGAUGAUGGAGUGGACAGAUAAUCACUACAGAACUAUGGCCCGGCUCAUCUCGAAACAUGCAUGGCUCUAUACCGAAAUGCUUGCUGCAGAAACAAUUGUGUAUCAGGAGGGAAAUUUGGACAGGUUCUUGGCAUAUGGGCCUGAGCAACACCCUAUUGUGCUUCAAAUUGGUGGAAAUGACUUGGGAAAUCUGGCAAAAGCAACAAAACUAGCAACUCCUUACGGCUAUGAUGAGAUCAACUUUAAUUGCGGGUGCCCCAGUCCUAGGGUAGCUGGACAUGGGUGUUUUGGAGUCCGUCUCAUGCUUGAUCCAAAGUUUGUUGCUGAAGCUAUGUCAGUUAUUGCCGCCAAUACCAAUGUACCCGUGAGUGUUAAAUGCAGAAUAGGAGUUGAUGACCAUGAUUCGUACAAUGAACUCUGUGACUUUAUUUACAAAGUUUCUUCACAGUCUCCAACUCGCCAUUUCAUUAUACACUCCCGGAAAGCAUUACUCAAUGGAAUAAGUCCAGCUGAUAAUCGAAAAAUUCCUCCCCUCAAAUAUGAGUAUUUCUAUGCUCUCUUGCGUGAUUUUCCUGACCUACAGUUUACAAUAAAUGGAGGCAUCAAUACCAUUAACGAGAUAAAUGCUGCACGGACGGAAGGUGCUCAUGGGGUGAUGGUAGGGCGUGGAGCAUACCACAAUCCAUGGCAGAUUUUAGGAAACGUUGAUAGUGCAGUGUACGGCGCACCUCGUAGUAAUCUGACCCGGCGACAGGUUCUCGAAAAGUACCUGAUUUAUGGUGAUUCAGUAUUGAAAAUGUAUGGACAGAGACCAAAUGUUAGGGAUAUUGUCAAGCCUUUGCUCGGGUUGUUUCAUUCGGAGCCUGGAAAUAGUCUGUGGAAGCGCAAAGUUGAUGCUGCUUUCCUCCACUGCACUACGAUCAAAUCCAUUUUUGACGAGACACUGGUGGCCAUACCCGACUUUGUUUUGGACUCUCCCGUUGCUGAGAUGACCACUGGUUCAACAGAUAUUUUCGCGAAGGCUAAGGGUAUCCUGCCGAUACCAUAUGCUGUUAGAGAAGACGAACUAAUGUAUGCUUAGGUAUAUGCUUAUUUUGUUACCCUAUAGGCCUAUACAACAUUCAUUAUCGUAGACUAUGUGCGAUAGAUUCUAAUUCUUCGGGAUAAAGAUGAGACCAAUCCCAAGUAACAACAACAACAUCGAAAACGUAGGUAUACACUCGAGGGGUUUUUUGUGCUGUUUGUUUGUAAAACCUGAUGAUGAUCCAUAUAGGAACGGAAUGCUUAUAGAAUUUAUUCA